CCAUCAGCCCGCGCCCGGGUGUUUGUCGAUGUAAAGUUUUUUUUUCUCUGAGUUUCUAAUUUGCGGGCGAAAGAAAAUCAAAGGCUCGAUCGCGGAGAAGGAGAAACCAAUGAAUUCCCAGAGGCUCUUAGAUGCAGGGUGAGAUUUGCAGGUGAAAGAUGCCAAAGCUGGGAAACGCAACAUAUCUGCGCUUUGGGCACUCAAUGGUCUCAGACACUCUCAUGGGCUCCUGUCGGCGUGGUUUGAGGAGAGCUCCAGGAUAUCUUUGUUCUCCCACUGACUUUCCUCAGUGAUAUUUAUAAGUAAAAACAAAAAUACUCCAGAGUACAAUAUGAAACCUGCUUAUGAGCGAAAUCAAGAAUGCCUGCCACCAAAGAAACGAGAACUUCUGCAGAAUAGUACUGGAGGUGAGGAGGUCUUAAAAAAUAAUACUUUGCCAUCCAAUAUUACUACUGUGAGUGAUGCUGAUUGGGCUAAAAGUGCUGCUGAAGAGAAUCAAACAACACUGAGAUAUGGAGUGAGAGCUGAUAAUGGUGCAAGCUCUCCUGGAGUGGCAGUGGAUCAAUAUAGUAUGAUGUACAAAUUGGCUGUACCUUCUGCAAGCUAUUCACUAAAUGCUCAAAAUUCAUUGGUGAACAUGGGGCAUCUCUCACCAGGUUACAGCAUUGCAUCUCCGCUUCUUCAGCACCAUGGGGUUCCAUAUAUGCCUGUUCAUUACACCCAGCUACCCCAUGCUUCACUGCAAUUUGUAGGAGCUCCAUAUACGAUUCCGUAUGUGUCUCAUGGGAUUCUGCCAAAUCCACUAAUUUCUUCUACCAUGGGCAUUCCCACCUCUCAUUUAUCCCAUCUUAUCUCGUAUCCUUCCAUGAUGGCCGAGGCUGUUACUCCUCCUCCAAUGGCGUCUUCUCCUACAGAAACCUAUAGCAAAGCCACUGGUUCUCCUGCACAAAAUUUGACUCCACAAGGACCAUUGGCUCACUUCUCCACAGCAGAACUGUCGCAAGGUAUGGCCCAUGGUAGGGUUCAUUUUCAACCCUCGCUGUUAUCGCCGUCAUAUACGUCAUUUACUACAGCAGUACCGAAUCUAGAUACCUCUCAUGAAAGUAGAUAUAGCUUUCAGGUGGCAAAAGACAAAGAAAUUGCUGAAACUAUGUUGGAAGUCUCAACAAACCGAGGUGAAGGAGCUUCAAACCAUCAAAAGUUUGAGAAAUGGCCACGACAAGAAAGAUUUAUAGAACUUCAGGCACCCCAUAAUGUUGGCAGAAAAGAUGUGCAGUUAUCCUGCUCGCCAAAUGAGAGAGCUAGAGGCAGUCCCCAUUUUCCUUUUCAUAGAGAACCAAGGAAUGAGGUUACCUCUCCAGCACAAAGGAGCACACCGGACACCGACCUAGAAGUCCAGCAAGUAGUUGGGAGUUUGAAUGCACAAGGAUCUCAGGGUCCUGUAGUUGUUAGGAAAGAACUCUUAAGUCAUGUGAAAGUUUCACAAAAUUCAGUCAAAAGUCAAGAGCAAUUAAGACACCACUUGCAAAUCAUUCCAGGUAAGAACUUUGCAGAGUUUUGUUCUAGUGAAGAAUUACCACAAUCUACAUAUCUGCCUGCACAACAGCAUGUUACCACAGGACUCAAAAGGCAAAUGCUGGAUGAUCAACGUGGGCACUUGCAUAAAACAAUGGUGUUAGCCAGUGGGCAGCCAGUAUUAAUGCCUGUUGCUGCCCCUGUUCUUGCAAAUUCCUUGGUUAAUGCUGCUGCUGUAACUACAGAACCCAUAAUUCACAGGCCUCUUGGUGCACAAACAAGUGUUUGUACAGUGGUUCCAGUUCCAGCAUCACAGCCCACUGUACCAGUUCUUCAGCCUGUCCUUGUCCAGCAGUCCCCAACUACGCAUAUUCCAUCACACUUUAUGAAAGGUGCUAUCAUCCAGUUAGCAAAUGGGGAACUGAAACGUGUAGAAGACUUGCAAGCACAGGACUUUGUGCAUAGCGCAGAAAUUAGCACUGGGUUAAAAAUUGACUCCAGCACACUCAUUGACGUUGAGGAGAGCCAGCGAGCCGGCUAUGUCAUCCUCCAUUUCUCUGUAGGAGAACAUAAAGCAAAGGUGAGUGUAGAGGUCCCUCCAGAGCACCCAUUCUUUGUAUUUGGCCAGGGUUGGUCCUCUUGUAACCCAGACCGCACUGCACACCUCUUUGGACUCUCAUGUCAAAGGCUUACAGUGGGUAAUAUUUGUAUAUCACUCAGCGCGCAAUCCUCUGGCAGGAGCUCUACCCAGCCAGCAUCUUCAAUCAAUGCCAUUUCACCUUUUGAGUCAAGGACCACGAUUACAUCUGAGGUUGUCUUAACUCCUCCAGAGGUUUCAGCCCACAUACGUAGAAACUCUGAGAUUAGAAAUUAUUCUAAGGACUCGGUCAUGCAGCAUUUGCACACGGAUUCUGAAAGCGCCGGAGUUCCCAGCCACCCAAAUUACCAGAGUCGCUGGACCUCUCCGGUGUUCCAAAGAGAGAGUUUUCAGUCAGAGGAGACAAAAAUGUCCACCCGACCAUCCUUCAUAUCACAGGAAGUCAAGCUUUCAAUAGAAGGACGUUCAAACGCUGGAAAGUAACUGUAUGAUCCUUGCGGAAUAUAAAUUAAGGCACCGCCUUUGACAGUGUUUGACCAGUUAUAUUAAUGUAUUGAAAUGUACUUAUGAAAUUUUAUGCAAAUGACUUGCAGCAUAAGAGAGCUUAGAUCGGGCUCUGAAGCAUUAGUAGCAACGGAGCAUAUGGCAGGAUGAUUUUUUUUUUUUAAAUAAUGAGGAUGCUUUUAGCAGCUCAUAUUUUUGAAGAGCAUUUGGGUUGAUUUGAUGCUGCAAAGCUUUUACAAAUUAAGGGAUAUCCAGUAAAUUCUGUACUAUGUUCCAAGCAGUGCAUGUUUUUUCUGCAUUUGGUGAUCCUGUAUGAAAGAAUGAAAAAUUAAACUCUUGAAGUACCUGCAAUAAAAAUUUGUACAUAAGCCUGAUAUAUGUUACACAAUACAAAUUAAUUUUCAUUUCCCCAAUUGAGAAACUUGUUUUUUUUUUUUUACUUCAUUCUCAACAAAGCAAAUUUAAUAUUACAUUAAGUAUAAUAUUGAUUUGAUGUUAUCAGUUAAAGACAUUUGUUAAUGUCAUUUCAAGAAGGACAGUUAUUUGUGUAGAAGGCAGACAGUAUUUGGGGACAUGCAAUCGUGAUUACAGAAGCCAGGAAUUGAUUAAAAGGUUUGCUGGUUAGCAAAUGAAAAGGUCCAUUCACUUGCAAGAGGUUUGACUUUGUAUUUAUUGGUCAUCGUAAUUUUCAUAGGAGUUUGUUUCAAUGCCUUUUUUUCUUGUCUAGUUAAAACACAAAUGUUAUUAAUUACAUUUUUUUGUUUAAAACUCAACGGACCAUUACUAUUCUCUAUAGUGAGGUCUGUCCCAGUUAAGUGAGUGAACAAAAGAUUUGCUGUGUGUGAUCCAGUUUUUUCAUUAAAGUCCAGUGGUUUAAAUUUAAAUUGUCACAAAACAGGAAGUUGACUUGUGCAACCUGUGGUCAAAUGUAUGGAUUUUCUAAUUAAAUUUAAGAUAUUUAAAGUAAUUUAAUGAUUAUGGUGCAUAAGCAUAAUCAAAAAGGUAAGUAAAUAUUAAGAACAUUAUUUUGCAACUGUUAAAAGAGGAUCAAACUAUUGAAUGCCUAUGUUUUAAGGUGUUUGUGUUUUUGUACUAAAUUAGUCUGAUUUACAGCCUAAAUAGAGUAGCUCAAACAUUUAUUAUGUGAGCACCAAAAGUUGAAUGAUUCUGCUGUGUAUUGUUGCUGAUAUUUAGAAUUACUCUUAAAUAAGAGUGAUGGCUGUAGAGGCUUUAUGUUAUGAUGUCCUGUGGUAGCCAUUGACAAGUUUUAAAUCCAUAUACUUCUAAAGAGUGUACGCAAGUUGAACCUGCAUAUAAUAGGAUUUUAAAUUCCAUUUAACAGAAUGCUCUUGAGGUGCAACAAUUGUUCAAUUGUAUUGCUUUGAGCAGACAUGAGGAAUUGAGAAAAAGUGAAUAUAAUUGCAUGCAAAAAGGGAUUGGGUGUGUGAUGUUGCUCCACGAGUGACAUUGCUAUAUCUUUUACAUAAAGUGUAUAGCUAAUCUAAUCCUUCCCAAUAUUUGAUUCAUUGAUAUAUGUUGUACUGAUUAGAUAAAGACUGAUUGAAUUGUACCAUAGUGUGCUCUUCCCUAUACUGCUUCCCUUGCUGCAUGAUGCUCAAGUUCUAUACAUGCAUUUGUUUUAGAAAAGUAUUUAAUCUUCAAAUUUUUUUCCUGCCUAGUUCUGUUUCAUGGUUUAUUAAAAAAAAAUAGUUAGUCUUUGGAUAAGUCAGCUGAACCGAAUGGCUGACAUUCAGUUGUAGUGAGGACAAACUUUAAAGUUGUAUUGUUUUUGCAACUGCUGUUUAUAGGUUUGUGCCAUUGGAAAAACAAAGUAGGACGUAGCAACUAAUAGAUGAACUGUAAAAUAAUUUUAUUUUUGAAAUGAUGGAUAAAAAGAUAUUGAGAAAAAGAUGAAAAGUGACUGAGGGAUUUUGGAGUCUUCUAUUUCUGAGAAUAGUUGGUGCACUACUAUGAGAAUUAGUUUAUCCUGUUGGUGAUCGAGGACCCCAGAGCAUAAGACUAAUUACACAUGUUUAUGAAGGUAAUAUGAAAGAAUAUUAGAAUUAGAACUAGUGCUAAAAUAUGUUUGUGUUUACCUUAGUUUGCCUAUAUUUUGUAUUAAAAUUUUUGUCACCUAGCACUUUUUUAUAUAAUUGACAGUGCUGAUGCCGUAAGCAUCAUUCCUUACCAGCUUCUUAACUAAACUGCCCAAUGUACUCUCUGAUGUUGUGCAUACCGAUGAUCUUUCUGCUUGAUGUUCACAUGUGUUUAUGCACUUUGAGUUGAAAUGUAAAAUGUAAUCUCCCAUGACCUUAACUUAAACUAACAUCAGUUUAGCUGAAAUUUUCACAAGGAAAGAAAUAGUAGGUUUUCAUAGUUCAGUAUGCAUUUAAUAACAGAUUUUAAAAUAUAUUGCGGAACCUAUGCACAAUACAUUUCAUGUUCAUCUGAUUAAAUGUGGUUAUUUUACUCAUUUUAUGAAAUGCUAUUUGAUAAGUGGCAUCAGAAAUGGAGUGAGCUCGGUAUCCACAUUGCUGUGUUAAAUCAUUAAUAUUUGCACUCCUUAUUGGACAUAAGAGUUGGCUUUUGAAUUUUAAAUUAACUGUUGCAUCUUCAGUAAUCUUGACGGUGUGCUUUCCCUCUCCCCCACCUACCAAAUUCCUAAUCAAGUUAUAACACAGCAUGAUCUGAACCAUGAGUGUUUUAGCACAUUUAUUUAUUCAAGAUCAUUCACGUAUGUGAGGCUGUAGUCUUUUUUGCAGCAAAAGUAUAUUUAAAUCCAAGAUGUGGCAUGUUUACUAGCACACCAGUAAUUGAGUCUAAUUAUGCUCAUGAGGGACAGUAAGCCCUCCGCCAACUGUGAUACUUGGAGUCACUUUUUGAACAUUUUAGUGUUGUCACUGGAAGUAAAUGAUUGCCCAAAUCAUGCAGUAUUUGUAUCUUAACCACAUUACCCAUUUACACGGGGUGUGCAUGUGCUAGAAACUGACAUGGGGAAGAUGAUAAAAGGGAAAUGUUAAAGUUUAAGAAUUAUACCAAAGUUAAAGAUUUAAGCAGUUAUGGUCUCGUAAAUUUAGCAGUUUUACUUGUGUAAACCUCCAUUGGAUGCAAAUGUAAAAUAACUGCUGUAACCAAAUCUUCCAUGAAAAAAUUCCUAUAUGUCUACAUUAGAAACUACAUCUUUUAUAUUCUUCACCAGCAGGAAAAACAAUUUAAUAUUUUCAGAACUAUCAGCUCUUACUGAUAGAUAACAUUAAUUCUGACUGCCUUUAUUAUUUUUAAAUUAAAAAAAAUUCCAAAUAAAAUUAUUUUGCAAAUUUGUAUUAUUUACAUUUGAUCGUUCAGAAUUGUUCUUGAUUGUUUGCUUGAUUUCUUUUAACCCUUUGAGCUCAAUUUAAUAAGAUGUAUUCUAAACAAGACAUAGCGGGAUUUUAAUUUGUUUUUGCAACUCGUUCCCUGGGAUGGUGCAUUUUCUUUCUGCAGGUUAUUUGCAUUCAAAUGUACAGAAAGUUCUUUUAUGCUAGAACAUUUCUCAAAUUAUCAAAAGUGCAAAUUGAAUCAAUUGGUAAGGUUUACCUCCUUAAUAACAUUCUGUUGAUUGUAUAAUGUAUUUUAAUGUUUAAAAAAUGAUAGUUUUAUGUUCACGCUAUAGGAAUUUUUUGAUGCAUGGAAAUUUCCUUUCAACCUAUUUGAUAAAGGAGAUAAUCCCAUUUAACUCCCAGUGGGGGGGGGGGGGGGACUUUGUUGCCACCUUCUGUUAGUAUCUGUUUGUCAGGAUGGUCGGCAUUCACAAUUGAAGUUGACAGUAUCCCUUUUGAUGAGGCAGCCUUGCAGAAUUCCAGAAUUACCCAUUUGAAAGUUUGUAGCGUUUACUGACAUUUGCAGUAAAUACUGUAUACCUUAAAAUGUUUUUUUUUUUAAUGUGUACGAUAAUUUACAACAGGAAACGUCAGUCCAAGUAUUAGAUAUUACAUUUUAAGACUACAAUAAUUAUCUAAUGGAUCAUAACAGUUAGUUUAUUAAAUUUGUUCCAUUUGGAAAACUGGCUAUCUGUUUCCUGGUACAUCAUGGCAAUUUAUUUUAAUGUGUAAAGAAGAUAAAGAAAACACUAAACUAUUUUUGGUUUCAAAUUUCUCAGAAGGGAUGCUGACAGGUUUUAUUUUCUGUAGUUUUCAACCUGUCUGUGCGGGUCAGAAGGAAAAUUCUGUAAAUCAUAAAGUAAAAUAGCUUAAAAUAUUAUGAUCAGCUUGGAACAUUGUCAAUGUGUAUACAAGUGCAGUGGAGUUAAAUUAUUGCAAUUCUUUGUGGAUGUUUCUCUGGAAUGUAAUUGGCUGAGACGACCCAUACAUGCAGACAAUGUAACCUAUCUUGAGAUGGGAGGAAGGAUGGAAUUUCUUUAUUCAAAGACAAUUAGGUUGACCAAUUGCCUUAGUAUUCAAUCCUCAAAAUCUGAGAUUUGUGCUUAUUAUUCACUGUUCCCAUUCACAUCUUCCAAGAUUUGCACAUUUUCUCUUCUCCAAUAUCUACAGUUGUCAAGUAUGGCUAUUAAACACUGUAGAGGUUGCAAUUAUGUUCACACUAUUAGUGAAACUAUAGGUCAAAGCAUUGAAAUAAAAAUAGACAAAUAAUGGAGAUAAUUACCAGGUCGACCGCUUUGUGGGGAGAGAGACACAUUUUAAAAGGAAAAUACUGAAGAUGCUGGAAAUCUUAAAUGAAACAGCAAAUGUGAAAAAUUCUCAACAGGUCAGGCAGAUCCCAAUGAAAGGUCACCAGCCUGAAAUGUUAAGUCUGUUUCUCCCUCCAUGGAUACUGUUUGACUUGCUAAACAUUUUCAAUGUCAUUUGCUUUUACUUCAGCUUUCCAUCAUCUUCCAUAUUAUGCUCUUACAUCCCAUAUACAACCCAUUGCAGGCAUGCAUUCAUAUGUUUUAUUAAUAUUAAGAUAAAAUGUAAAAGUUUUCUGCUAAACAACCAGAGUUUUGUUUAAUCAUUUAUAUCACAUUCACGCUCAUACUGAUGCCUCGGGCAACAUCGCAAAUGUACAAAUAGUGAUGGAUAUCAGUCUAAAUUUCACAAUAUAGAAUUUGCCUCCACUUAUCAAUUUAUUCACUGAUCUUCACAAGGUCAUAAGUGAUAGGAGCAGAAUUAGGCCAUUCGGUCCAUCAAGUCUACUCUGCUAUUCAAUCAUGGGUGAUCUAUCUCACCCUCCGAAUCCCAUUCUCCUGCCUUCUCCCCAUAACUCCAGACACCCUUGAAUACACUUUGUAAUUUAAGUGCUCUUUUCUGGUUGUAGGAUUUAACCAAUACCUGUAUCAAAAGUGGUAUCAAUUUAAUUACAUUUCAAGUAAUCAUCCCUACAGUGACAUGUAUACUAACUAGACAUUCCUUCCAUUAAUUGUGCUUUUGAGUAUUACAGCAAUUGAUAGAAUUAAUAUUAACUUACAAUGCAAACGAGGGAGAUGGUACAAAUGUCAAACUCUAAUGUAAAUGUAAUCAAUUUUAAUUAACUGCUUCACGCAGACAUUUCAUUGGCAUUUAAAUUAUCUUAAGUCGAAUUCAUUUUUUCUGUUAGACGAUUCAAACCCAAUUAAUGAAUAGACAUUAUCUUGCUUAUAAAAUUAGUGUUUGGUAAGGAAAAUUUGGCCUGUGAUUUUCUUACAUCAUUUUGCAUCACUUUUAUCUUUAGAAAUGGUCAGGGUGAAUGUUUUGCAAAAGGCAAUAAAUAAAGCAUCAGUCUCAGGAUUGGAAUACUGCUCCAGCUACAUAGGUAUUGGUCAAAUCUCGAUGUUGGAAUCACUGCAUUUCUAUCAGCAACCCUGAAAGCAUUAAUCUAUAUUUUGUUGUGUUUUUGUAACCAUUUUUUCUAGAGAAAAGACUAAAACAUUUAGAUUUGUAUAUUUGUAUUUUUGUGAUCUUUUAUGCCGUUUACUGUUAAUUUUGUGUACUGCGAAAGAAUUGUAUUUUUUAUGUCGAGUCUAACCUCUGUAUUGCAUUAAUUUGUUGGUAUGUAAACACUGCAUAAUAUAAACUCUACAUUUUACUUUUGUCUCAGGAUGGUUAUUCAGUGGCUCAAUAAUGGCACACAAUCAUUACUUAUGACAUUAAUAUCCUGUACAUUCUUUGAAAUAAAAUGUGUCCUUCUGCCAUAAUCAAUGUCUGCA